UGGAAUUCCCUCCAUACCCUUCUUCUUGGAAGCAUCGUGGCAUCACUUUGUUGAUCGUUCAGCAUGGCACUAAGCGAAAUUGGAACCCUAUUCCUCCUCUCUGUGCGCAAAGCAUCCGUAGAAUCUGUUCACGACUUUGCAUUUCUUUCAGAAGCAAAUAUAAAAGCUGAUCAUUUAGGCUGACAACAAUAAUACCAUCUUCAAAUUAUGAACCAAAUCAUGCAAAAGCCUCAUUCUUUGCUCCAUUUGGACAAUCCAAAAGGGGGGUUUUCAAUGGCUGCUUCAUUGGGUUCUCAUACUUUGCUCAGAAACUCUCAUCAGAGGACUGUAAGGUUUGCCCCUUUCAGUGGAGGGGAGAGAAGACAGACCCUUAGUUUCAAGUUUUCAGAGCUUAAGCCCCACAACCCAUGGAGGAUUUUAGUUUGCAAGGGCGAAUUCGUUGAGUUUGAAGAGAGAACAAGCCCAAAUGAGGUCAGAAAAGAGAUUGAACAAUGCUAUGAACUCAUAAACAAGCUUGGGAGGGGAGUUGUGUAUCUGGGUUCUUCAAGGAUGGGGCCUGAUCAUUCUCAUUACUUGCAAGCUCUUGAGUUGGGAAGAGAGGUUGCAAAUCUUUUGGACUGUACUUCAUGGACAGGGGCUGGUCCAGGCCUCAUGGAUGCUGCUUCUAAAGGUGCUUUGCAGGCAGGAAAACCAGUUGGUGGAUUUAAGAUAGGCAGAGAAGCUGGCCAACAGACGGCCUUGAGUUUUCAUCCAUACCUACCUUCAGAAACCUACUUCACAUGCAGGUUUUUCUCCGCAAGGAAGCACGGGCUUGUGGAUGCUGCAGUGAGAAGUUGUAAUUGUGAUCGAACAGCUGUAGUUGCCCUUCCUGGUGGGAUUGGCACCCUAGAUGAGGUGUUUGAGAUUCUAGCAUUAAUCCAGCUACAAAGAAUUGGAUCAGAGCUUCCAGUUCCUUUCCUUUUGAUGAACUAUGACUCUUUUUAUUCAAAACUGCUAGAUUUUCUUAGUGACUCUGAGUGUUGGGGCACUGUCUGCAAGGGAGAGGUUGAAUCACUUUGGAAGGUCUGUAACAAUAAUUCAGAAGCUUUGUCCUAUUUGGCUGAAUUUUAUGAUCUUCCUCUGGGUGACAACGGCAAAUGUGAAACUGGAUUGGCAACUGCAAGUGGGCCAAUUUCUUACCUUAUUGGUAAAUUUGUUGGGAACUGACUGCUGUGAGAUUGUCCUUAAGACCAUUUUUAACUGUAUGCACUUGAGGAGUUGAUGAAAUUGAUUAUGUUGUACAUGUUGAACUUA